GUGCAAUGGAUGAGCUUCAUAGUCUGGAUCCAAGAAGGCAAGAGUUAUUGGAAGCCAGAUUUACUGGAGUUGCAAGUGGGAGUACAGGGAGCACUGGUAGUUGCAGUGUUGGAGCUAAAGCCUCAACAAAUAAUGAAAGCUCUAAUCACAGUUUUGGAAGUUUGGGAUCUUUAAGUGACAAAGAAUCAGAGACACCAGAGAAGAAACAAUCAGAAUCAUCCCGGGGAAGGAAGAGAAAAGCAGAAAACCAGAAUGAAAGUAGUCAGGGAAAAAGUAUUGGGGGACGUGGCCACAAAAUUAGCGACUAUUUUGAAUACCAAGGUGGAAAUGGCACAAGUCCUGUAAGAGGCAUACCUCCUGCAAUCCGUUCUCCUCAGAAUUCACAUUCACAUUCCACUCCUUCCUCAUCUGUUCGACCGAAUAGCCCUUCCCCUACUGCAUUAGCUUUUGGGGACCACCCUAUUUUACAACCAAAGCAGUUAUCUUUUAAAAUUACUCAGACUGAUCUCACAAUGUUGAAAUUAGCAGCAUUAGAAAGUAAUAAAAACCAGGACCUGGAAAAAAAGGAAGGUCGUAUAGAUGAUUUGCUCAGGGCUAACUGUGAUCUCAGACGGCAAAUAGAUGAUCAACAAAAAUUACUUGAAAAAUACAAAGAGAGAUUAAAUAAAUGCAUAUCAAUGAGCAAGAAACUUCUUAUUGAAAAGAGCACGCAAGAAAAACUAUCAAGCAGAGAGAAGAGUAUGCAAGAUAGAUUACGCCUUGGGCACUUUACAACAGUUAGACAUGGUGCAUCAUUUACUGAACAAUGGACAGAUGGCUUUGCAUUUCAGAAUCUUGUGAAGCAACAAGAAUGGGUGAAUCAGCAAAGGGAAGAUAUUGAAAGGCAAAGAAAACUUCUAGCCAAACGCAAACCUCCCACAGCUAAUAAUUCUCAGGCACCUUCUACCAAUUCUGAACCAAAACAAAGAAAAAACAAAGCAGUCAAUGGAGCAGAAAAUGAUCCCUUUGUUAGACCAAAUUUACCACAACUGUUGACUUUGGCGGAAUAUCAUGAACAGGAAGAAAUUUUCAAACUUAGACUGGGACACCUCAAGAAGGAAGAGGCAGAAAUCCAGGCAGAACUUGAACGUUUGGAAAGAGUCAGAAAUCUUCACAUACGGGAACUCAAAAGAAUAAACAAUGAAGAUAAUUCACAGUUCAAGGAUCACCCAACGUUAAAUGAAAGAUAUUUAUUACUUCAUUUGCUUGGAAGAGGUGGCUUCAGUGAAGUGUAUAAGGCUUUUGACCUAUAUGAACAAAGAUAUGCUGCUGUGAAGAUCCAUCAGCUUAAUAAAAGCUGGAGAGAUGAGAAAAAAGAAAACUACCACAAACAUGCCUGCAGAGAGUAUAGAAUACACAAAGAACUGGAUCACCCCAGGAUAGUUAAACUGUAUGACUAUUUUUCCUUGGAUACAGAUACGUUUUGUACAGUGUUAGAAUACUGUGAAGGCAAUGACUUGGAUUUCUAUCUGAAGCAACACAAAUUAAUGUCAGAGAAAGAAGCUAGGUCUAUUGUAAUGCAGAUUGUAAAUGCACUAAGAUAUCUCAAUGAGAUCAAACCUCCUAUUAUACAUUAUGAUCUUAAGCCAGGCAAUAUCCUUCUGGUAGAUGGGACAGCAUGUGGAGAAAUCAAAAUUACUGAUUUUGGCCUGUCGAAAAUUAUGGAUGAUGACAGCUAUGGUGUAGAUGGAAUGGAUCUAACCUCCCAAGGAGCAGGCACUUACUGGUAUUUACCUCCUGAAUGUUUUGUUGUUGGAAAAGAGCCACCAAAGAUUUCCAACAAGGUUGAUGUGUGGUCAGUUGGGGUCAUCUUUUUUCAGUGUCUCUAUGGUAGAAAGCCAUUUGGUCACAAUCAAUCUCAACAAGAUAUUCUUCAAGAAAAUACAAUAUUAAAAGCCACAGAAGUCCAGUUUCCUGUAAAACCAGUUGUAAGCAGUGAAGCCAAGGCCUUUAUAAGACGCUGUUUGGCGUACCGAAAAGAAGAUCGAUUUGAUGUGCACCAGCUGGCGAACGAUCCAUACCUUCUCCCACACAUGAGAAGAUCGAAUUCUUCAGGAAACUUACACAUGGCUGGACUGACGGCAUCUCCCACUCCCCCUUCUUCAAGCAUAAUCACCUACUGACUUUCCUCCAGGAUCGGCAUGAUGCCUUUGAAUUGCUUCCAGAUGCACACUUGAGUUUUGAGAGCAUUUGAGUGUUUUUUGUUUUCUUUUUAACACAGGACAAGGUUAAGGACUGUUUGUGAACUGAAAUUCUUCAUAUCGUUGUUUGUGUGAGAGUGGAUCAUGGACAGUGAAUAAACGCACGCCUCUCACGCUCACCUUGAGUGGUGUGGGGUGGCUGCCUGCUGCAGAGACAGGAAUACCGUGUGGAGAUAGAAGAAAAAUGGGAUUGUUUGUUUAUGUGGGGGAACAUUGUACAUAACGUUUAUAAUACUUAAAUGUAUUUGAUUGUUACUAGAGAGUUCUAAUAUGAAGGGUAGUUUUUCAUUAUUUAAAAACACAUGGAAAAAAAUAUGAGACAUUUCUAACACAAGAACUACAGUGCCUGGAUACAUUCUUCAGCCUUCAGCAGUUAAUCUGCUGAAACCAAAGUAAGAACUGAAUGACAGUGGCCAUUGUGUUUUAUAAUAGAAUGUGAAAGUUAGAAUCUCUGGACAGAGUUAGUCUUUGUCAUUUGCCUAUUCUGGCUUUUACCAAGUUGUACCUCGAAAUCAUAUGUCCGUUUUUCUUUCCACUGGUUAUAUUAAAGGGAGACCUUUUAUUCUUAGAUACUUUACACCUUUGACAGAAAAAGCUGUUUGUUUUGGAAUCAGUUGAAUUAACUAAAUUGUAAAAUUUCCAGUGCUUUCACGUGUUAUUAACAGGUAUUUUUCUUUUGUUACCAGGCCUUGUGCAUUAAAAUGAGAGAAUACGUAACCAAAUGCAGACCAGUUCUAUGCAGGAUAAUGAUAAAUUCCCUUCUAGCUCUAUUGUAAAUUGUUGUACAGAUGUCCUGUUUCAAUUACUAAGUUUCAGCAGCUUAUUCUUGUACAAAUGUUUUAAAAUAUGGCUUUUCUAAUUGGAUAUUGUAUUUUUUUUAAGUCUUCUUGAAGGCGCUUUAAUUGCUGCUAAAUGACGUUGCUUCUUUGCUAAAAAAUUAAAUGACCUAUGAAGGUGCAA